CAGAUAGAGUUAAACCUAACAUAAUUUCCAAGAGAGACUUCAAAUUCAAUUAAAACACCAUUGUUUUAGCAUGUGGUUCCGAGUGUUGCAAGUAAUAAUGCUACUCUCUAUAAGACGGCAAGACCAGUAAAAUUCAGAUUCAAGUUUCACUAUUAGAUAAAGGAAGGUCGAAGACUUCGAGUGAAGAUACUUCUGCUCUUAGCUAUCCAGAAACUUGAAAAGCUUACCCACAUGGCAAGUAUUUCUUUAGUCUCAGCUGCUCUAAGAAGGCUUGAGGGUAAGGUGGCUCUGAUCACUGGUGGAGCUAGCGGAAUCGGUGAAGCCACUGCAAGACUCUUCUCCAAGCACGGAGCACAAGUGGUGAUAGCAGAUAUUCAAGAUGAUUUGGGUCACUCUGUUUGCAAAGACUUAGAAUCCGCUUCCUUCGUCCACUGCAACGUGACCAAGGAAGAUGAGGUCGAAACCGCCGUGAACAUGGCGGUUUCCAAGCAUGGAAAACUAGACAUCAUGUUCAACAACGCCGGCAUAUCCGGCAACAACAAUACCAGCAUCCUCAACAACACGAAAUCAGAGUUUGAGCAAGUUUUCAGUGUCAACGUCUCUGGUGCGUUUCUCGGAACGAAGCACGCGGCGAGGGUCAUGAUUCCUGCACGUAGGGGAAGCAUAAUUAACACGGCGAGUACUUCUGGAGUAAUUGGCGGCGGCGCUCCACAUCCCUACACGAGUUCAAAGCAUGCGGUGGUGGGGUUGAUGAGGAACACGGCGGUGGAGCUUGAAGCUUACGGUGUUCGGGUGAAUUGUGUGUCGCCUUAUUUUGUUCCAACGCCGAUGGUUAAGAAUUUCUUCAAGCUUGGUGAAGAGGAUGAAGUUCCAAAGUUUUAUUCUAAUCUGAAAGGUGCUGAUCUUGUGCCAGAAGAUGUGGCUGAAGCUGUUCUGUAUUUGGGAAGUGAUGAGUCUAAGUAUGUUAGUGGUCACAAUCUUGUGGUAGAUGGGGGAUUCACAGUGCUAAACAAUGGAUUUUGUGUGUUUGGGCAAUCUGUAUGAAACUCUUAUCACUUCA